UAUAGGCUGAGAGAACACGUGAGGCAAAGUACAAACCAGCUUGCAGCCCAGAGAGUACAACUUCGCCCAUCAAAAUCCAGUGGCGAUUUGAAACACGCUACACACGCUCCUUCUUUUUCUUUCACUGUCUCUGAUUUUCUCAGGGAAAUUCCAGAUUUGAAGUUCACGGUCACUCUCAGAUCUCUCCUCUCUGCCGCCAUGAAAGAUAUUGGUCCCAAUUUAAACUUCAUUAAGACUCCGGCAUUCAUCAAAAUUACUGCCUUUGCCAUUAUCGUUCUCUCUUGCUUCUACCUCGGCAAGCACUAUUCCGACGGCUACCGACAGCUCUCGUUCUUCUCAACUUUCCAUUCGCCGCAAACUGAUUCCAUCAUCGAUGUCGCCGUCGGUGUUUCUCCCAAUGUCGGCAAGUUCUCCGACCAGAACUUGAACCUGACCGCUCCCCCUUCGAUUCCCGGUUCGCCGCCCAAGAACUCGAAGAAUGCUCCGCCGCCGGCUGUGGAGAGGAUAGGAAUUGUUGAUGAGGACGGGGCGAUGUCGGUGGAGUUCGAGGUCGGCGAGUUAGAUCCGCAUUCGGUGGAGGAUUUGGGGAAUUUGGAUGGAGAAGAGGAAAAAAAGGUUGGAAAUAGGGAUUCUACGGUUAAGAUUGAGAAUUUUAGGGUGUGUGAAGCGAGUAUGCAAGAUUACAUACCUUGUUUGGACAAUGUGAAGGAGAUCGCAAGAUUGAAUUCGACGGAAAAGGGGGAGAAAUACGAGCGGCAUUGUCCGGGGAAAGGGGAAGGAUUGGAUUGUUUGGUUCCGAUGCCCCAAGGUUACAAGCCUCGGAUUCCUUGGCCGGCAAGUAGAGAUGAGGUGUGGUUCAGCAAUGUACCCCAUACACGACUGGUUGAAGAUAAAGGGGGCCAGAAUUGGAUAUCAAUAAAAGGUGAUAAAUUUGUAUUUCCAGGAGGUGGAACACAAUUUAUUCAUGGAGCAGAUCAAUACUUGGAUCAGAUUUCACAGAUGGUUCCUGACAUUGCAUUUGGUAACCACACCCGAGUUGUCUUGGACAUUGGUUGUGGAGUGGCCAGUUUUGGUGCCUUUUUGCUGCAACGUAAUGUGAUCACUCUAUCAAUAGCUCCAAAAGAUGUUCAUGAGAACCAGAUUCAAUUUGCGCUAGAGCGUGGUGUGCCGGCCAUGGUAGCAGUAUUUGCGACACACCGGUUGUUAUAUCCAAGCCAGGCUUUUGACUUGAUACAUUGCUCAAGAUGUAGAAUUAAUUGGACCCGUGAUGAUGGAAUUCUGCUUCUUGAGGUCAACAGGAUGCUAAGGGCAGGAGGAUACUUUGCUUGGGCUGCACAGCCUGUUUAUAAACAUGAAGGGAACCUCCAAGAACAGUGGAAAGAAAUGGAGGACCUCACAAUUCGCCUUUGUUGGGAACUUGUAAAGAAGGAGGGAUAUAUUGCCAUAUGGAGAAAGCCUUUAAACAACAGUUGUUAUCUUAAUCGAGAUACCGGAGUGCAACCUCCAUUAUGUGAUCCUAAUGAUGAUCCAGAUGAUGUUUGGUACGUUGGAAUGAAGCCAUGCAUCACUCUAUUACCUGAGAAUGGCUAUGGGGCUAAUGUAACUGCAUGGCCUGCACGCCUUAAUGAUCUACCAGAGAGGCUCCAAACCAUAGAAAUGGAUGCCUACAUAUCCAGAAAGGAAAUCCUCAAGGCAGACACAAAAUUUUGGCAUGAAGUAAUAUAUGGUUAUGUUCAUGCUUACCACUGGAAUGAUUCAAAAUUGAGAAAUGUGAUGGACAUGAGAGCAGGAUUUGGAGGGUUUGCAGCAGCACUAAUUGAUUUCCAAGUUGAUUGCUGGGUUAUGAAUGUUGUUCCAGUUAGUGGAUUCAACACCCUGCCUGUAAUCUAUGAUCGUGGACUCAUAGGAGUUAGGCAUGACUGGUGUGAGCCAUUUGACACCUACCCAAGAACAUAUGACCUAUUGCAUGCAGCGGGUCUCUUCUCCAUAGAGCAAAAAAGAUGUAAUAUCUCAAACAUCAUGCUUGAGAUAGAUCGAAUGCUAAGACCUGGUGGGCGUGUUUAUAUCCGUGAUACAGUAUCUGUUGUGAAUGAACUACAUGCAAUUGCGGUUGCCAUGGGAUGGGCGUCUGCUGUACAUGACACAAGUGAAGGUCCCCAUGCAAGUUGGAGACUUUUGAGGUGUGACAAGCGAUUUUGACAUGCUUGAUAGGGUGUAUGACAUGUAAGCAUUUCUUUUUUGUCCCCUUUGUUGAAAAUUACAGCAACCCCUUCGUCGAGUUCUACAUAUAGGGGGAGAUGUCAAUGAAAUUUGUUCCUGUACAUUGGUCAUGGUGCUGCAAUAAUAUCCAAUCAUAAAGUUAAUAGCUUCAUGUUUGAGUGAAGAACAAGACAAUUUUUUGUUUUCCGGUCCUUGUAGUUCAAUGUAUUUGCUUCAGAUUAA